AUCGUAAGACCUCUCCGAUGGGUCGCUGACAUGUGUUGCUAGGAUUCACGCCAGUAGACUUUCAAAUUUAACAGAGAGAGAAGAAAAUUGAAAGCAUAUCCAAAUAAGGUCGACGGUAACACGUCCGACACUUAAAUACUCUGUGUUCCAGGAAUCGUGUUUCACUUCUCAAACAUCCAAAAAACAGUCCCGCAGAGUAGCAGAAUUUGGAUUCCAAACGGAGAGCAGAAAAGAUUGUUGACGCCACUAGUUGCUUGAUUGGAGCGCUCAGCAACGUGCCGAUAAGAGAGACAUGGGUGAUGUGCAGCUUGUUACCAAGACCAGCCUGACCCUAUCCCAGGGGCCCCUCUCCAGCGAGCCCCCCGCGUUCGCCCUCCCUCCCCGCAACGUGCGUGUGAGCCUGGGGGGCGUGGCCAGACUGGACGGGAAGGUACGAGGGUACCCCGAGCCCCAGGUGAUGUGGUACAGGAACGGAAAGCUGGUGAUCGCGGGGGACCGUUACAGCAUGGAGCAGAGCGCGCGCGGGGCCUUCUGCCUGGUGGUGCGCGGGGUGCAGGAGGACGACGCCGGACGCUACACCUGCGAGGCCGCCAAUGACGCGGGGAGCCGCCAGGUCACCGUGGAGAUCACCGUCGAAGGGAGGCCUGGGAACAAAUAUAGCCUUCCAUCAUCCAGUAGAACUGCUGGGGGGCGGCUGGGAGUGGCUUCAGUGGAGAACAGGCCCAGUAUCUGGGGGGAGAGUCCCCCGAAAUUUGUGACCAAGCCCUCGCGCCUCUUCCUGAAGACGGGACAGACCGGCAAAUUCUCAGCCAAGAUCACAGGGCGGCCCCAGCCCCAAGUCAUGUGGCUCAGGGGGGAUGUGGAGCUGCAGGACGGGGGGCGCCUCAGCAUGUUUGAAAAAUCGGGGAUCCACUUCCUGGAGAUCCGUGACGUUCACACAGAAGACGCCGGAAUGUAUACCUGCUCUGUGGUCAACAGUGCCGGAAAAGCCAUGGCAACGGCAGAACUCAUCAUGCAGGGUUCAGCUUCUGAAUCAAGCAUCCAACGCGGCGUAAAUCUGCCGGUUGCAGUCACCCCUCUCCCAAAGACGCCGGAGCCUCUUACCAUCGAGAGCGCGAGCAACGGGGUGCUAGCUGAGCAGAAACCGGGCAAGGCGAAGGAGAGGGCGGACACGACAGGAGAGACGAGGGCGCCCGACGCGGUGGAGAUGAGGGUGGAGGAGAGGACGCUGGAGACAGCCCCGUCCCCCAGACCGGAGCCCCAGAGGGGGGCCGCGUCUCCGCAGAGAGCCACCAGCUCCAUCACCCUGAAGGCCAUCAGUAGGCCUGGGCCCCAGCUCCCCGGCAGUGCCAAGGUGCAGCGGACAGGGGUGGGGUCGGUGGAGAACCAGCCCGCCGCCAGAGCGGCCCAAACGCCCGCCGAGUCUCCGCAGCCCCCCGCCACGGCCAAGCGGUUCGGCAGAGAGAGCCGGUUGGACGCGUCGGGAUCCGCCCCCAAGUUAGACGCUCACCCCAUGAGCCAGGAUGUUUCGGAGGGGGAAAGUGUUGUAUUCGAAUGCAAAGUGUCGGGUUCUCCAGCACCUGCGGUCAGCUGGACUAAAGAUGGGCGGAGUCUGAGUGCGGGGGCGGGGAUUAAGAUGCAGCAGCGGGGAGACGCCCACCUCCUUUCCCUGGAGGGAGUCCGGAAAGAGCAGGGCGGGGCGUACGGAUGCGCAGCCAAUAACAGCAGAGGAACGGCAUCUGCUUCCUGGACGCUCAGCGUCAGCAGUCCGAAGCUAGAAGGCCGGGCCCCAGUUUUCAGCAGUGAGUUGGAAGACUGCACUGUGAGCGAGGGCCAGGAUUUCAUUCUGCAGUGCACUGUGGAGGGAGAGCCAGUGCCACAGGUUAACUGGCUCCUGAAUGACAAACCCGUGCCGUAUACACACGCCUCGUUUGAGAACGGUGUGGCGAAGCUGACGGUUCUGGACGCCCUGCCGGAGGACGACGGCUCGUACGCGUGCGUGGCGGAGAACAGCCUCGGCAGAGCGACGUGCACGGCGCGGGUGACCAUUAAAGAAAAGCAGAGGGCCAGAAGGACAGAGCCCAGUGCAGACCUUGGGGUAGGGAAGAGGCCCUUGGCCCCGGUGUUUCUCAAAGGUCUGAAGGAUUUGAGGGUCAUGGAUGGGAGCCAAGUCAGCAUGAGGGUGGAGGUGAACGGCAAUCCCCAGCCAGAAAUUGUGUGGUUGCACAAUGGCAAAGAAAUCCAGGAGUCGGAGGACUUCCAUUUUGAACAAAAGGGGAAUGAGUACAGCCUGCUCAUCCAGGAGGUUUUCCCAGAGGACACUGGGAAGUACACCUGCGAAGUGUGGAAUGCCAGUGGGGUGGCUCGCACCGAGUCUACGCUAACUGUGCAAGAACCUCAGGAGGGGGUCCAGCCCUGGUUCAUCACCAAGCCCAAGUCUGUGACAGCCAGCCUGGGCCAGCAUGUCCUGCUCUCCUGCGCCAUCGCCGGAGACCCGUCCCCGCAGUUCCUGUGGCUGAAGGGGGGCCGGGUGCUGUCCUCGGGGGAAGAAAUGGAGAUCCUGCAGAAGGAGGACGUGGUGUCCUUGCUCAUCAGGAGAAUGAAGCCUCACCAUGCGGGAGACUACGAGAUCAGACUAAAGAACUCGGUGGGAGACUGCAGCUGUGUGGCCACUCUGCUGGUCAGCCAGGGGAACUCAGAGCUUUCCUCAGCAGAGCCUUGUCAGAUUUGGGAGGGAGCUGACGGGACAGCGCGGGACAGAGGAGCAGCCUGCGAGAGGAUCGGCAGGAGCAGCAGCGCAGAGGAUUCGGGCAGCAGCAGGGGCCUCCUGAAGAGGCGCGCAGAGACCAAGGAACACGGCGAGGACCAGGUCCGCCAGCAAGAGGCCGAGCAGAGGGACUUCCGCAGCCUGCUGUCCAGGAAGGUCGUCACCAAGAGCGUCUCCGAGGAGGACCUGAAAGAGCUCAACGCCGAGCAGAUGGACUUCAGGGCCAACCUCCAGCGGCAGGUGAAGCCGAAGCCGCUACCGGAGGAUGAGCGGAAGGGCAGCAGCCCGCAGCAGGUGGACUUCAGGGCCGUCCUGGGCAAGAAAGCGGGGGCGCCCUCCCCGAAGGCCGGCGAAGCCGCCAAAAACCCGCCGACCGACUUCAGGGCGGUGCUGGGGAACAAGAAGAAGCCGCCGCCGGCCGCCGUGGAGAACAACGGGGAGAGCCCCGGACCCAAGGCCACGGCCGGGGAGAAGCUGAAGAACGACGUCAACUGCGUGGACGGUGGGAUUAUCGAUAAGAAAAAUAACAAUAUCGGGAAGCAGCCCGUUUUCACGCAGAAGCUGAGCGACGCCGCGGUGCUGGACGGGGAGUGCUUGAGCUUGCAGUGCCAGGUCGCCGCCGACCCUCAGCCCACCGUUACCUGGACGUUAGACGGGAAAGUCGUCAAGGCGUCCAAGUUCAUCGUCCUGUCCAAUGAAGGAGGAAAGUGCACCCUCACCAUCGACAAGGCCCUGCCCGAGGAUGAGGGCCAGUACAAGUGCCGGGCGGAGAACGCGGCCGGCUCAGCCGAAUGCGACUGCAUGGUCCUGGUGGAUGACCCUACAGACGCCAACAUGACACCGGCUGACAAGAAGACCAAAAAACCUUCUGCUCCUACCACGGAGAAUGAAGCAAGAAUAAAGAAGCCAUCGCCAAAGACCACUACUAAACAAGUCGUUCCGCCGCAGAUACUCCAGUUUCCUGAUGACAUGAAGAUCCUGGCGGGAGAGAAGGUUGAAAUCCUCUGCAAGUUUGGAGGAGCACUGCCCAUCUCCUGCACCUGGCUCAAGUUCAGAAAACCGAUCCAGAAUGAGCAAAGCAAUGUAUCCAUCGAGACCACGGAUUCGUCGAGUAAACUGUCCAUCUCACCGACCACGCAGGAUGACUGCGGAUGUUACACUGUAGAGCUCCAUAACAAGUUUGGCACCAGACAGGCUGCCCUCAACCUCACCAUUGUAGACAAGCCUGACCCCCCCGCUCGCGUGCCCGCCGCCUCGGACAUCCGCAGAUCCACCCUCACGCUGUCCUGGUACGGCCCCACCUACGACGGGGGGAGCGCGGUCCAGUCUUACAACCUGGAGAUCUGGAACUCCGUGGACAAGGAGUGGAAGGAUCUGGUGUCCUGCAACAGCACUUCCUACAAUGUGGAAAACCUGCUGCCUGACCGGGACUACAAGUUCCGGGUACGAGCUGUGAACAUGUACGGAGUCGGGGAGCCCAGUGCUGAGUCUGAGCCUGUCAGAGUGGGACAAGAGGAACAGGAAGAGGAUGAGAAAGAGGAGGCUGAGGUAUCUGAUGAUGAGAAAGAACCGGAAUACAGAGAUGUAACCAUUAAAAAAGAGCAAAAAGUCAAGGACUUAUAUGACGUGGAGGAAAGGCUUGGGACGGGUAAAUUUGGACAGGUGUUUAAACUUGUGGAGAAAGCGACUAAAAAAGUUUGGGCAGGAAAAUUCAUCAAAGCCUAUUCUGCAAAAGAGAAAGAAAACGUGAGACAAGAAAUUAGUAUUAUGAACUGCCUGCACCAUCCCAAGCUUGUGCAGUGCAUAGAUGCUUUUGAAGGCAAGUCAGACAUCGUCAUGGUUCUGGAAAUGAUCUCUGGAGGAGAGCUGUUUGAAAGGAUCAUUGACGAGGACUUUGAGCUCACAGAACGGGAGGUCAUUAAGUACAUGCUGCAGAUCAUCGAUGGGGUGCAGUUCAUCCACAAACAGGGCAUUGUCCACCUGGACCUGAAGCCUGAGAACAUCAUGUGCAUCAACAAGACUGGGGGAAAGAUCAAACUUAUUGACUUUGGCCUUGCACGGCGACUAGAAACUUCUGGAUCUCUGAAGGUUCUGUUUGGAACACCAGAAUUUGUGGCCCCAGAAGUAAUCAAUUAUGAAGCAAUUAGUUACCCAACAGACAUGUGGAGUAUUGGAGUCAUCUGCUACAUUCUGGUCAGUGGACUUUCUCCAUUCAUGGGAGACAAUGACAACGAGACGCUGUCCAACGUCACCUCUGCCACCUGGGAUUUUGAGGAUGAGGCCUUUGACGAGAUCUCAGAUGAAGCCAAAGACUUUAUUAGCAACUUAUUAAAGAAAGAUAUGAGGGCUAGGCUCACGUGCGCACAGUGCUUCCAGCACAAGUGGCUAAAGCAGGACACAAACAACAUGGAGGCUAAGAAGCUCUCAAAGGAAAGGAUGAAGAAAUACAUCCUGAGGAGGAAGUGGCAGAAAACGGGCCAUGCAGUGCGAGCUAUCGGCAGACUGUCGUCCAUGGCGAUGCUAGCUGGUGUCAGCGCAAAGAAGGGGGGUUCUCCAACUGGUAACCCGAGUGAAGAUGACUUGACCAACCAGUUACUGGAGAGCGUGGAGGAUGAGGACCGGCCUCAGGCAAAGCCCACCUUCAGCAAAGUUAUUAAAGACGUGGAGGUGGUCGAGGGCAGCGCUGCAAGAUUCGACUGCAAGAUUGAGGGCUACCCUGACCCAGAGGUGGUGUGGUACAAAGACGAACAGCCCAUAAAAGAGACGCGGCACUUCCAGAUCGACUACGACGAGGACGGGAAUUGCUCCCUGGUCAUUUCGGAAGUGUCCGGAGACGACGACGCCAAAUACACCUGCAAGGCUCUGAACAGCCUGGGUGAAGCCACCUGCGUGGCUGAACUCAUUGUGGAGGUCAUGGCAGAGGAGGAAGAGGAGGAAGAGGAAGAGGAGUGAGUGGUACAAGAGGAGCAGUCUCCUGUUGAACUGUACUCUUAAUAGCUGCUUUCGUGAGGCACCCACUCUCUAUAACAGACUGACCAACAGGGGGAAAUUGCGCUUGGAUCACCCUUUGCUAUGUUUGGGCACUUUCUUUCUGUCUUAAGUGUAAUAGCAGAAAUCAGACGUUGAUAUUUAUAACAUUACUGCAACACCAUUGACAUUCCAGCUGAUAUUUUCUUUUCUACGAGUGAUUCUGAAUCGCAUGCCGUCGAUGAGGUCCACCGAGCAAAACAAACAAAAAGUCUGUUCAAAUGUUUUAUUAUCAACAUUAUGAUCUUUGAUAUUACCAGGACUUUUUUUUUUUUUUUUUUUUUUACAUUUUCAAUGUGUUAUUUUAAAACUAUUUGAGCACAGAAUCCAUAUCAUAUUGUAGUUUGUGCAUCAGUUUUGAAAUAUCCCAGCAUGCAGUUUUGUCCACCAUCUCGAUUUACAGGUAGAAACAGAUGCAAUAAGAUAACACUAUUUUGAGAUGUAUGUAGACUGUAUUCCAUUCAUUUUUAUUUGAAAAAGUAAUUAUCUCUUUGGAAAACUGCAGAGUGCAAGUAGUGGGAACACUACUUUAGCAGUUUUUUAAUGUUUCAGAGUAAUUGUUUUCACAAAAGCAUGUUGUGAAAGAAAAGAUUUUUCAUUUUCAGCAUUGGAGAAGUUAGAGUUCCAUGAAAAUCCACUCCAGUCACAAACAUAUAUAUAUAUGACUUGCUCAUCGUUUGAACUGAAGUCAGGAUGCCUUUCCAUUGUGGAAUAGUUGGACAGACUGGUGUUGAGCGGAAAUGUUUUACAGCAAGGAAGUUGGUGUAAAGAAUUCAGACCAAAUAUGGAUCAGAGUGGGUUCUGCAGUGAUACUGCACAUGGUUUUUAUGUCUGGUUUUUUUACUUCUGUUUAACCGACAAACCAUUUUUUACUUCUGCUUAACCGGCAAAUCCUAACUAUUUGGGGAAAAUGAAACAUUAGAUGGUGAGGGUUGUUUUCCUGAAUCAAACUGCAAUCAAAUCAAGCAUUCCCCUCACCUGUUUGUUGCCAAUAAAAAGUCAAUAUUUAUGUCACUUUCCUUUAAAAUGCACACUCAUGAUUAUUUGUGUGUUGUUUGUAUUGGUUUUAAAUGUCAUAAUUAUUACAGCCACACUCAAGGUUCCAAAUGAAAAAAAUAUAUAAAUACAUUUUCAUUAAGCUCAGUAUAAUAAUUGAAGAGGACUGUGGUACAUCUGUACCGUCUGUAAAGAAUUGGCUUUCUGAGCAGAAAAAUACAGCAAACAUUUACUUAACUUCUGAUAAAGUACAAAACCAGGGUGGGAUUUUCAGUGAUGAACAAAGGGUGUUUUAAGAUGAUUUGUACAGGGCUACAAUGUCAAGUUGUGUAUUAUGAUAAAAAACAUUAAAUAUUUAUUGGUUCUAGAAUAGAGACUUGUACUAAUUGUAUUUUUCACCUUCAAUAUUAAACAAAAUUUAAACUA